ACAUAGUUUGGGCCUGCAACGGUCUUCAAGUCUGAUCAUAAUUACAAGAGCCCGGAAUCUCAUUUCUACCCGCAUUUUUAAAAGCGGCAAUCUUAUAAUUUUCCCUCCUCAAUAUAUUCGCAAACAGAGCCAUCUUACUCCAGUGACACUUCUAUUAAGUUGUAAGUUCAUAACGUAGAGAGAGAAGUUGAGAUGGUGGCAGGACUAAAAAAGGUAAUGAAGAAGGGGUUGGGGGAAAUGGGAUUCAACAAGGGUGGAGGAAGCAUCAACUGGUUUCCUGGUCACAUGGCUUCAGCAACUCGUGCCAUUCGUGAUCGUCUCAAGCUUGCUGACCUUGUCAUUGAAGUUCGCGACUCUCGUAUACCAAUAUCCUCUACAAAUCGAGACCUUCAGCCUAUGCUUACUGGCAAGCGCCGUAUCAUUGCUCUCAACAAGAAGGAUUUGGCCAACCCCAAUAUCAUGCAUAAAUGGAGUCAUUAUUUUGAGUCAUGCAAACAAGAUUUCCUUGCCAUAAAUGCACAUAGCAAGAACUCUGUUCAACAGCUUCUUGAACUUGCGGAAUUCAAAUUGAAGGAGGCGAUCAUAAAAGAACCCACUCUCCUAAUUAUGGUGGUUGGGGUUCCCAAUGUUGGAAAAUCAUCUCUAAUUAAUUCCAUCCAUCAAAUUGCAGCAACUCGCUUUCCCAUAAACUUUAGUUUCUCUAUAGUUCAGAAAAAGAAAAAGAGAGCCACUGUAGGACCAUUGCCUGGUGUUACCCAAGAUAUUGCUGGAUACAAGAUUGCACAUCAGCCAAGCAUUUAUGUCCUUGACACCCCAGGAGUGUUGGUUCCAAGUAUCCCAGACAUAGAAACAGGCCUUAAGUUAGCUUUAACAGGAUCUGUAAAAGACUCGGUAGUAGGUGAAGAGCGAAUUGCUCAGUACUUGCUGGCAGUUUUAAACUGUAGGAGCACUCCCCUGCACUGGAGACACAUUAAUACAAAAGGAUUUGAGGAAAACACCAAUGAUAAACAUGAGUACAAUGUCAGGGAUCUUUUGAGAAAUAGGAGGAAACCCCCUAAUCUCUCUGAUGUGCACUAUAUCGAGGAUGUUGUAACUGAAGUCCAACGAACACUGUAUGUGACUCUAUCUGAAUUUAAUGGUGAUUUGGAUGAUGAAAAUGAUUUGGAGGUUUUAAUAGCACAGCAAUUUGAAGCACUGCAGAAAGCACUAAAGAUACCUAACAAAGCAUCCGAGGCUCGGACAAUGGUUUCAAAAAAGUUUUUAACUUUGUUUAGAGCAGGUAAGCUAGGUCCAUUCAUCCUUGAUGACGUCCCAGAUGUCUCUGGAUCCUGAGUCCUGCCCAAGGUGAUCGCAAUUAUAACCCAGUCGCUUCCAAAGGCGACCCUCUUGAGUUUUUGGCAAGUGAACUUUUCACUGCACAAUUACCAUAUGCAGGUCAAGCCCAUCAUGACCUGAUAAACCAUGCUGACCACUUGAAAAUUUAGCUACCCUCUAGAUGCAUAUGAAUGUAUAGUAUUUAAUGAAAAGUUUAACUUGGUCCAGUUUAAAUUUUACCUGGAGGAAUCAUAAUUUUUACUGCAAUAGUUCAAGUUAUUGCCUCAUACUAGUAAGAAUGCACAUUUCCUCUAUGAACUCAGAAGCAAGCCUCUCUAUUUGCUUA